AUGAAUUUUUCAGAAAGAAAUGUUUUAAAAUCUGUUUAUCGUUCGAAAACCCCUGAUUUUGACAGCUCAUUAAGAAAGCUAAACAAAACAAUGGAUGGGCAAGAUAGACUUCAAUCAAGCAUUGGAAAAUUCGCUGAAAAAAGCCGAGCACAAAUGAAAAUCAUAUCGAAAUUAUUGAGUACUCAAAAUAACUACCAAACUGAUUUAAGCAUUUUGACCUCAGACUCAAAUACAGAUUACACAUUUAAUCAAAAUUCAGCAAAAAUCUUAAUCCCAGAGAAUCCUUUAAAAAUAAUCUCUUCGUUUACCCCAACAAAGUUUAAAAUCUCUACAAGAGAAAAAUCGUCAACUCCAAAAGUCGUAUACAACGAAAAUGACGCAGGAAAACGACUAGGUCCAGGCUCCUAUAAUUCUCCAAGCCAAAAAAUCUGGCCCUUCUUUUCUUAACUAACUUAAAAUUUACUUGCUUUUACCCGUCGGAUGGAAGUGGGAAAAACCAUGGGCCUUUCACUUUCCCUAAAGUCAGGCCAGAGGGCUGUAACUGCCCCUCCCAGUUGCGUACCUGACUCAGCCGGGAUAGAAUUCCCUUGGAAAACUAAGCUUCAUAAUUAGAAAAUGCAAAUGAGUACUGCUAGCCGGUAGGCCAGUCGCGUACGAAAUGCGCCAUUUUCUAAUUCUGGCCCUUCUUUUCAAUUUUCAUCAACUCCUCGACCUUUUGUGCAAACAAAAGAGCACAUAUUAAGUAGUAUACAAAGUCGAUUUAUUUCUACAGAGAGGAAAAAAGAAGCUGAUGAAAAAAUCAAAAAAUUGGUAGAGAAAAAUUUAUCUCAAUAUAGUCCAAAGAAUAAGAAAGAAAUUCUUCAAAAAAAAGCCAAAGAAAAAAAUAUCCAAGAGUGCCUGACAAAACAAACUAAAAAUAACAUUGUAGAGUGCAUUCACGAACAUAGGGAAAGACAGCUAGAAGAAAAAUUCAGGAAAUAUGAGCAGAGGAUCCACAGAAAAGAAUUCAUUGCAUUACAAAAGAAUUGGAGCUUUUUAAUAAUAAAUCUUGGAGUUUUAUCGAUAUUAAAAGUGCAGCUAAGAAAGAGAAGGAUAGUAAAAAGAAAAAUUGCUUUAUAUAUAAAACGUCUUUGAGGAUUUAGCAGAGCACUUGGAAAAUUUCUGCAAAGUUUGAAAAGAGUAAGAAAGUCCAAAACCCAUGACAAAUUAAGAAUUAUUUUUACUCCAUUUUUGAGAAGAUGAGUAGAAAAAAAGCGCUAUGAAAAAGGAAGCGUUAUAUUGGAUUUGAUAGACAGAGUGCUUACUGCUAGAAGUUUACCUAUAAGUGCUCGUAAAUGGAAACUAAAAAUGAAUUUCUUAAAGAGAACAAUGAAAUCUCUAGCAAAAAUUUAUUUAUCCAGAGUUAGAGUACUUAAAAAGCAGUGAGAUAAGAUAGAUAUGGAUGAUCGGAAUAAGAGCUUUAUUACAGAAAGUAAGGAUAACGUAAUUCCUGAAAUAAUAAAAACAAUAUAUGUAAAGCAGUAUUUAAAGAAAAAGCUCAAAGCUUAUGCAAGAGCGAUGAUAAAGCAUAAGCAGCUGUGCAAAGAAAUGGAAAUAGAGCUAGCCAUGCAGAGGAAUUUUAAAGAAAUUGAACAAGCACUAACAGGUAAAAAAGUCGAUAUGAGCGAUGUCAUGCCUAAAAGACCUGUUUUUUUAUUAUAUUCUUUUCCUAAUGAACUAAAGGAUAUAAUGAAAGCUGCUGAAAACAAUAGGAAAAAUUGGCAUUUAAUUUUAGGAGUGGACCCAAGCUUUUUUAAAGAAAAUAAAACUAACAUUAGAGAUGGACACAAAAAGCAUAAAAAACCAAGAGAUCCAGGCAGAAAAAGAAGCAGCUCAAGCAAUAGUGCAAUUAGUAGUUCUUUAGCAAAUUUUUCUGGCAAGAAAGCUAUACAAAAAGCUGAGACACAAAUUCCUGUAGCGGAAAAAAGUGGGAAAAAUUCUAGAGACCAGAAGCGAAGUAGUGUUAAAUUUGCAAGAACUGUUACUUAUAGAUAUGAAGAGCCUACAAAUAGUAGCCAAUUGGCUGAAAUUCCUGAAGUAAGAGCAAGAUCUCGCACAAGAAGAUAA